AUGAGUAGAAAGGCGCUAAGAUAUGCCAAACUUGAACGGUUGAUUUGCGAGAGUAGUGAGAGUGAGGAAGAUCAUAUUGAAGUGGAUAGCGCUGGAAUUGAUAGUGAUUCUGAUGGCAGCAUUGUUGAUCCCGAUUUUGUUCCCGAUGAAGAAAAUGUGAAGGAGGACGUGGAAAAAAGUCUAAUAUGUAUAUGGAAAAUACAAAAAGAUGUUGCUGUCGAUACUAAAACAAUGAUCCAACCAGACCAUCCGCAGAGAGAGGAGUCCUGCAGUAGCAAUUUUCUGGAGGGUGUCGCUAUUGAUCUCGAACACAUUAUAGUUCCAGAUGGAGAUACUCUUAAGGGCAAAAAUGGAUAUCUUUGGGAAACCACGCCACAAGCAAUCGGUAAAACACCUGUAAUUAACGUUGUCCAUGCUAAGGAGUUUAAUUUGAAAAUAUCGUCACAACAAACAAAAAGAGCGAUAUCAAAAGAAUCAAUGUGGUGCAAACUAGGAAUCGAAAACAAAGAUAAAGUAAUUCCCAUUUUACAAAAGUAA